UUGUAAGGUUCGUUUUCCCGGUCGAGCAAUUUCAUGUCACCGCACAAGCUUCAGAGAACAUAACUCGCGUUGAGUCGUAAAAUUACCCUUCAAAAUGAAUUUAUAUGUUACUUAUGGUGGUGACAUUUAAGUGGGAUUUUGAGAGGACACAACAUGAUGUCUGUACACACCAGUGAGCGUGAACUAUGACAAAUCGUGCGCUUCUACAAACAAUGAGGCACACGUUGAGAGUGGCGGGACGUGUGCUGGGAGCAGGAACCGGUCAACGCUGCCUCUCUGGGCUUCGUAGCGGACAAUUAUUCACAGAAUACGGAUCGGAAUCUGCACAACAUGAGAGUCUCAUUAAGGAAGCGUCUCUCUACGUACAUUGGCCCUAUUGCCUCAAACGGUGCUCUUACUGCAACUUUAAUAAGUACAUCCCCAAAGAUGACAACAACCACAUAGUGAGCCAGUGUCUUCAACAGGAGGUGGGCACGCUGCUGCAGCUCAGUCAGGUGUCCUGCGUCACCUCUGUGUUUUUUGGUGGCGGAACUCCAAGCCUGGCUCACCCUUCCACUGUCUCGGACAUCUUGGAAGCAAUCUCCAGGCGGACGAGUCUGGCAGAUGAGGCUGAAGUUUCACUUGAAGUCAAUCCCACUCUGGAGGGGAGGACAAAAUUGAAGGAUUUUAUCCACGCCGGGGUGAACCGUUUCUCCAUAGGAGUCCAAUCUCUCCUGGAUGAGGAUUUAAAAAGGCUGGGCCGAGACCACAACGCUCAUCAAGCCCUGCGAACUGUCGAGGAUGCUCGCAAAUUAUGCCCGGGGAAGGUGUCCGUAGACAUCAUGUUCAGGCGGCCCGGGCAGAGCACGGCAUCAUGGGAGGCGGAGUUGUCAGAGCUGUUGAGGGCCUGCGACGACCACAUCUCCCUGUACCAACUGACGCCCGAGCGAGGCACUCUGCUGUUUAAACAGCUACAAAGCGCCCAGGUGACGCUGCCCGGUGACCACGAGACGGCAGAUAUGUACGAGAGCGCCAGGAGGAUGCUGCACCAGCAUGGAUUUCGACAAUAUGAAGUGUCGAACUUUGCCAGAAAUAUGCUCCUCCGUUCAGUUCAACAUCGUUGGCACCUGGAUGUCACAAAGUGGCAGGCAAGCUCUACUUUUCUAUCAGAGUGGCACCAUCUUGGGUCUUUUCAGAAAGAGCAUAAAAACAGACUGAGUGCAGUGAGUCAUCACAACCUGAGCUACUGGAAGGGAAGACAAUACAUUGGUGUUGGUCCAGGAGCCCACGGGCGAUUCGUUCCACUUGGGGAGGGAGGCACGCAGCGAGAGGCUCGUACCCAGACACUGGAACCCGAGGUGUGGAUCCGCGAGGUCCAGCAGCGCGGACACGCCACUCGGAGGAGGAUUCAGCUGGGACAUCUUGAACUAUUGGAGGAGGUGUUGGUGAUGGGAUUGAGAAUGACAGAAGGCAUCACGCACGAGCACUGGCAGCUGUUCAGUCCACAGUUGGCCCUGUGUGACAUCUUCAACUCUUCCACUGACGUCCAAGAAUUCCUCCGCUGUGGCCAUCUGACCCUCGAUGACGGAGGUCUGCGCUGCUCGUGGAAUGGCCUGGCGUUACUGGAUAGCAUGCUGCCAGCUCUGCUGCUACAACUGGAAAGACAGAUCCAACCGAAAGCUCCAAGAUGACCAGUGAUCCAGUUUGCCAACCCACGAUGGUAGCAUCAAGAAUCCAUUCGUUACACUCAAUACAAUGAGGUUCUGAGCAUCAAAAUGCAGUCAUGACUUACUGGCAUCUAGGCAGAAAUUAAAUGAACAUGGAUUAUUCUCAUUUGUGUUUGCAGAAGGGCUAAACAAACAAGUCAAUGUCCAACAUUUUAGUGUGUGUUUACUGUUUGUUCCGGAAGCCACCAUGGACUGCAUACUGAUGAUAGAAAAUAAAAUAGAAAAUCUGCAGACUCGUGUAAAGAAUCUUGAGAGUGAAUUAAAGUGGCUGCCGUUUUGUCAUGUUUAAUAGAUGAACGUGCCUGAGCGGACAGCCUGCUCACAAAAACAUACCGAAUAGGUCUCAAUUUCAAUAAUUACAUCCGAAUUUCAACGAAUAAGUGCAGCAAACCAUGAAUGAGUAACAUAAACAUUGAGAUUUAAUGAGAACAUUUACUCCCAACAUCCUGUUUUAAUAAUGAGCGGUUGGCUCUCGAGUGACCCAUUCAAUAUUUUUCUUCCAUUAUAUCCGUACAAUGCUUCUCUGCUGGAGUGCUUUCUGUUCUGUCCCAGUGAGGUCAUCAACAAUCCCCCCCCCGACCCCACC